AUGAAAAGAAAUNCGUUGAUUUAUGAAACUUGUCAAAAAAUCGUCACCUCCAGGAAGAAAUUAGAUACUGUUCCACAUGAUAUGCUGCAGACACUCAUAGAUGCGGAAGAUGAAACAAUUGUAGAAAUGAAAAAACUUCCAGACAACUUUGUUAUUGCAAAUGCAAUGAUGUUUAUGGCUGCUGCAUAUGACACAACAAGUGCUACAAUAGGUUGGUGUAUUAAACAUCUCGCUAGUAAUCCUGAAAUACAAGAGAAAGUCCGUGAAGAAAUAAGAAGCAACGUUUCUGAAGAUAUGGAUAUCCAAUAUUCUGACUUGACGAAUUUUCAGCUGCUGGAUCAGGUUAUUUCAGAAACACUACGCUUCUGGCCUUUUUCUUUACUUGCAGUCAAUAGAAUAUGUUCAGAAGAUUACACUUAUAUAAUUAACUUACCUCAUAUUGGUCAGAAUUUCCAAUUAAUUUGGGGAGAAUCGCGAAUCUGUAUUGUAUUUGUUUAUCUUGCUACUUCAGUAGAUAAAAAGCGAAGUUUUCAAGAAAUACAAAAAUGUAUUGAUCCAUGGGCUAAUGUUAUAAAUUGGUGGAUAGUGGGAGGUGACUUGAAUGCUCGUAUAGGGGAAUCAAUGGAUUUAAAAUACAAAGGAAUUAAUGAUAACAUUAUCAAUAGGAGAUUGUCCAAAGACAAGGUUAUGAACAUAGACGGGAAUACAUUGUCUUCCCCAGGAAAAUGA